AUGAUUUUGUAUUUGUAUAAAAGCUUUUUUUUUUUUGUUUUUUUUGUGUGUAAUAUAAAACUAACAAAAAGCUUGUCACAAAAUAGGCACAAUCAAAAAAUACAACCACUAAUACAAAAUGGGAAAAGAACAAAUAAUAUAUAUGAAAUAUCCCGUAAAAGAAAUAAAUUACCAACACAAAAUAAGUUAUUAUUUAUAAAAAAUGACAAAAUUAAAAAUACAUUUCAUAAAUUUUUAAAUAAUAAAAAUGAUGUUAUUACAAAAUUAUUUAAUAUAUUUUAUCCAACAAGUUAUAAUUAUCAAUUUAUAGAAAAUGAAAAUGCUGAAUUAGAAGAUACACCACCGACCUGGCUAAUAAUCCCUAGCAAUAAAUUUAACACAUUCUUAGACAGCUAUAUAUUUAAUAUAAUUCAAUCAGAAAAAUCAACUCCUAUCACAAACAAUAUUAAAAAAUCCAGGGCUUUUCACCAUUCUGAAAGUAUUGAAAGUACUAACAAUAAGUCACAAAAAAAUAUUUUGACUCCUGAUAUACACACAAAAUUAGAAAACUAUGUUAGCAAUCAAUUGAUAAAAUUAGCAAGUGAAAUUUUAAAUAUGGAAAAUGAACUAAAAAAAAGAGAAAAAGACAAACUUGAAAAUAAAAAUAGUAGUAAUAAUAUUAAAGAAUAUAUUAAAUGGGAUUUUUAUUUAAGCAAAAAAGAUAAGCCAUUAAAAUGUUUUGUUUAUUUAGACGUCCCUGAUGGUACUGUAAUGGUUAAACCACGAGAAAUGGAUGAAAAUAAUUUCUUAAUUUCUAUAAGCGCAUUAAAUGAUAUAAAAAGAAAUAAUCAAGAUAUAUUAAAAAAUAUUUUUUUUAAAAAAUUUAAUAUAACUUUUGAUCAUAUUUAUAAUAAUUGUAGCUUUUUUACACUUAUUGUAAAUAAAAUUAUUAACAAGCAAUAUAUUAUUGAUACAUUUACCUUAACAUCAUUAUUAUCUUCAUUUUAUUUAACAAGAAAUUUUUUUUAUGAAGCUUUUUUACAAUUAUUAAGUAGUGAACUAAUAUGGCAUCCAUAUGUAUAUAAUAUAUGGUGUAAUAUAUAUCAUACUACUUUACCACUUAAAUUAUUUAUAGUUAAACAAGCAUAUUCAUAUUCCAAUAUAUUAUUUAAUUAUAUAUCCCAGCAUGUACGAUCAAGAUUAAUUAAGUUGGAAACGAAAUUAAUUAAUAAUUCCUUAAAAAAAAAAAUAUUAAUGGACACAAUCAAAGAUAAUUAUUAUGACAAAAAGGUAUAUACUAUAGCAACCGAUAGUUCUGAUAAAUAUGAAGACGAGUUUUAUUAUAUUUAG